AUGGCGUGUGCCGCCGGGGGUAAUGCCGGCAGCGGUGAGGCGGCGCUGGCAGCACUGGAGCCGGACCGAGCGGGGCCUCGUGUCACGGGACACCAGACAGGCACCGGACAGGAUGGAUCCGCUGCCCCGCCGUUGCUGGUUGUUCUCCUUAUGCUGAGCCGUCACUCAGCAGUCGUGGCCCGGAAGAGCGGUGCACAUGUGGUGCUGCCGUGGCUCUCAGUGGCUCGCGUCAGUGGCUCUUGGCUGUUUUCAGUGACAUCCUUGCUGGCCCAAUGGUCACCCGUUGCCUUGCCAUCCUCUGACUGGCUGCCCAGCGGGGCAGCUUGGAGCCUAGCAGAGCACAUGUGGGCCCAUGCCCCCCAGAACUGGGGAGAACUUCUCCAGAUUUUCCCCAGCGCCAGCGUCUUGGCAGCAGCAGUGGGGCCGUUGCGAAACUGGGCAGGUGCAGAUGCGACCCAGAUGACCUGGACUGGGCGUGCCCUGUUCUUGCCUCUGCCAAAACUCGGAGAAGUUUGUGGAAACGGUCAAGCUUCUGCCUCAGCCGGUGCCCCAUUCAUCGAGUCCCGCCCGGCAACAGCUGACAGCUUCGCAACCAAGCUUUGCUCGGUGCCGAUCCUCAGUGCGGAGCCCACCGCUGCUUGGCCCAGCCCGACCCCCGAGAUCCCGCCGCCUAGCUCUCGGCAGUGGCCCGGCCGUGCAGCCAGGCGCAGAACCGUGCGCAGCAUGGCGCUCUCCGGGGGCCCGAAGCUUACCACGGGUCCGACCCUGUUUGGGUUGCCCAUGAAGCAAGCUUCCUUGCUCACUCUGACGUUCCAGAACUCGGCGCUCAUCCUGAUCCUCCACUACUCCCGGGUGAUGAGACCCCCGGGUGAUCAUCGCUACUUUGCUUCGACUGCUGUAUUGUUGAAUGAAGUGCUCAAGUUGGCUAUUUCGUUGACAUUUGCCAUCUACGAUGCUUCAAGGAGUUUGGCGCCCCAGACGCCUGCUACCGUGCUGUUUGAGCAGCUGUUUCAUUCUGUCUUUUCCGGAGACAGCUGGAAGCUGGCCAUACCCGCGGUGCUGUACACGUUCGAGAAUACCCUGCAAUAUGUGGCGCUCGGGAAUCUGGAGGUUGUGCACUUUCAGGUACUGUCCCAGUUGAAGAUCCUCACCACAGCACUCUUCAUGGUCCUUCUCCUUGGCCGCUCCUUGGGCAUCCGCCGCUGGCUCUCCCUUAUCUUCCUCACACUCGGCAUCUCCAUCGUCACGCUCUCCUCCUCAUCCAAUUCCCGCAAUCUCUCUUUCGAAAUCUUUGACCUCAGCGACCACUUCUUCCCCCGCUCAGUGCACGAGCUGGGCCAAAUUGCAGAUGACACCGUCGUUCCAGCUCCAGGGGACCUCAGUAGCCCUCUCACUAGGCGCUCAGCCACAUACGAAGGAAUCCUCGAGGAUCAGGAGCUCGUUCCCCGCAUGAACUACUCCCUCGGUGUGACUGCCGUGCUGGUCGCUGCCAUCGUGUCGGGUCUAACGGGAGUUUACUUUGAGAAAUUGCUUAAAGAGCCGACGAAGACAGUCUCCAUCUGGACCCGGAACGUUCAGUUGGCUUUUUACAGUCUCUUUCCUGCGUUGAUUGUUGGGGUGAUCAUCACGGAUGGGAAGGAGAUUUCCAAGCAUGGGUUCUUCGAUGGGUACAAUUGGGUUGUGUGGACGGCGAUUGUGCUGCAGGCUGUGGGAGGGUUGCUGACAUCGUUAUGCAUCAAUUAUGCUGACAAUAUCGCAAAGAAUUUCGCCACGAGUAUCAGUAUUGUUAUUGGAUUUAUCGCCAGCGUUGGGGUGUUUGGGUUCCUCUUUGGCACAGCACUCGUCAUCACCUCAACGUAUGCCUAUGCCCUGCCUGAACGAAAACGAUCCCGACCUCCGCCCAUCCACAUCGCUACGUACGAGAAGACUACCAUCGUUGAGGGGGGUGGCACUCCUCGCAUACGCUACUACCCUUACCAGCUCGAUUUUCAGCCUGAGUGGGAUAAAUUGAGCGUUGAGGCGCCGGUUGACUCGGCGCUGAGCGCUGUUAGUAGCUCCAUGGGAAUGGCGAUGGCUUCCUCGACGUCGAGGCCAGCUUCUCCUUUGACGUUUUUAGGAAGGAGUCCGACUGUCAGGAGGGGGAUGGAACAUCACAAAGGGAGAAGUGAGCCAUGUGAGAGCCAUUAUGGCCUUCAUUCUCACGCAUACGAGGUCUAA